GGUCGAUGCAAAAUUGAACAACCUGGCCAAGGAGGAUGGCGACGACGACGGCGUUCGCCAAGGCCAAGGACUCUGCUCUACGUAGCUGGUGAUGAGCUGCAGCUUGGCGCCGUACCAUAUCCAGAACGCGAAGAAGGGGCUGGAAGACCAGUUGAACCUCAUGCUGAUGAAGUACUGCGAUCCUGUGCAAGGCGUGCUCUUGGCAUUUAACUCGCUGCAAGUGAUCAAUCCAUAUGGCCACAUUAUCAAUGAAACGCCAUACAUCCACGUGCGCAUCGCGGCGGACGCGCUCGUGUUUCGCCCGACUCCAGGCAUGCAAUUGACAGGGACCGUGAGCAAGGUCGGGAGCAACCACAUUGGUCUGCUAUUGGCAGGAGUGUUCAACGUGUCGAUCGCCGCCACGGAAAUGCCAUCUGGCUUCGUCCACAACUACCACGAAGACGCAUGGAUUGGCCAGGAUUCGAGCGCGAUUGCCGUUGACGACUCGGUCGAGUUCCGCGUGGUCAAAGUACACGUGGCCCACGGGGUGAUCUCGAUCGAUGGUUCCAUGCGAUCGCUUCAGCCGGUGGCAGAUGCGGUCAAGUCACCAAAGAAAGCGUCAUCGAGCAAGAAAACCGCCAAGGUCCCCAAGAGAAAGCAUGUUGCGUUCGAAGACGACGUCGUGGAAGCCCCUGUACAAAAGAAGAAGUCGAAGAAGCAGAAAGUCGAUGACGACGACGUCGUGCCCGUUGUCGCCACAAAGAAGGCGAAGAAGGCCGAGGUCGACGAAGCCAACGAAGAACUCAUUUUGCCUGUCAAAAAGGCCAAAAAGGCCAAGAAACACCACUGAUAUACGCCGAAUGCACACACUGUUCCCUCGCCUGUCCUUGAAAUCUCAUGGCUUUGU